UAACUGAAGAAGAUCAAGUUGAGAACAACGAGGAAGCGAAUCAAAGAGGAGGAAGAAGAGCAAUGGGGGUCGAUUAUUACAAGGUUCUUCAAGUGGAUCGGAGCGCUAAAGAUGACGAUUUGAAGAAAGCUUAUCGCAAACUCGCCAUGAAAUGGCAUCCCGACAAGAACCCUAACACCAAAAAGGAAGCCGAAGCCAAAUUCAAACAGAUCUCCGAAGCUUACGAUGUAUUGAGCGAUCCUCAGAAGAGAGCAAUCUACGAUCAAUACGGAGAAGAAGGUCUAAGCAGCCAAGCUCCGCCUCCUGGCGCCGGCGGUUUUCCCGGUGGUUCGGACGGAGGAGCUUCGUUCCGGUUCAACGGUAGAAGCGCUGACGACAUCUUCUCGGAGUUCUUUGGCUUCGCGAGACCGUUUGGUGACACACGUGGUGCGGGACCCUCUGGUGGUGGGUUCAGGUUCGCUGAGGAUGUUUUCUCUUCUUAUAGGUCAGCUACAGGAGGAGAAGCUUCUAACGCUCCGCCGAGGAAAGCUGCUCCUAUAGAGAGACAGCUUCCUUGUAGUUUGGAGGAUUUGUACAAAGGAAUCACUAAGAAGAUGAAGAUCUCGAGGGAUGUCCUUGAUUCCAGCUGGAGACCCACAACAGUCGAAGAGAUCUUAACGAUAGAGAUCAAACCAGGAUGGAAGAAAGGAACCAAAAUAACCUUCCCUGAGAAAGGAAACGAGCAGCGAGGAAUCAUACCCUCAGACCUUGUGUUCAUAGUCGAUGAGAAGCCGCACGCUGUGUUCAAGAGAGACGGGAACGACCUUGUGAUCACGCAAAAGAUCCCUCUCGUGGAAGCCCUCACGGGGUACACUGCUCAGGUCACGACUUUGGAUGGGAGAACGCUAACGGUUCCGGUCAACAACGUGAUCAGCCCUACCUAUGAAGAGGUUGUGAAGGGCGAAGGCAUGCCGAUUCCUAAAGACCCGUCGAGAAAAGGGAACUUGAGAAUCAAGUUUAACGUUAAGUUCCCGUCGAGGCUAACGACUGAGCAGAAAACUGGAAUCAAACGCAUGUUUUCGUCUGCUUAGAUGUGAUUUAACUUAAAACCAUCUCUGUCUUUCUGCUACGUUUGGUUUUAGUUAUUUUGGUUGGAUCUUUGGGCAGUUGUUGUGAACUGCGUAGGCCGUGUAAGUGUUUUGUCUUGGGACGUUGUGAGAUCAUUAACUAUGUAGUUCUUACUUCACAUAAACUAUGUAUCUCUAUUUUUUGUUCUUUA